AAUUGACGUUUGUAAUUUGAAUUUUAAAAUAACGUUCGUUAUAAACAACAAAGUAUCAAUAACAUACAUUUUAGAAACAGCAAAAUGUUGUUCUAUUAUAUUUCAUAAAAGUUGUUUAUGUAUUUAAUGUUUAAUUUCCUUACAACAUGGGUGAAAAAAACGAUAACCAAAUGGAUGAUGCAAAUAUAAGUAGUGCUGAAGUAACUUUUGACAAUUUAACUAUAUUGAAAGAAUUCAGUAACAUAGCUAACCUUGUCAGAAAUGAGGAUUUUCUGGACACAGUACCAAAAGCUAAAUUAAAAAGAGUAAAAUGGGUUCCUAUGUUUAAUUGCUUGAAACAAGGCAUAUUCGAUGAAAUGGUGCAGGAACUUAGCUCUAUGUGGGAAUUUGAAAAUAUGCCAGAAAAACUUGAAGUCUUAGAAAAGCAAAAAGAAAAAUUUGCCGAAAUCAAUCCAGAAAGAACCGUUUGGAGACCAAAAUACAAUGAUGUCAAAAGUCAACUUAGAGCUUCGGAUGUUGCUAAUUUACGUAAACAGAAGGUAUUACUGGAGUCUUUAGCAAAAGAGUAUGAAGCCAGAGCUGGCCGACUCAAAAAAACCGUCACUGCAAAAAGAGGUUACUUAAAAGCAUUGCAGAUGGACAUUCAAAAGUACCAAAAGAAAAAUGAAGAAAUAAUUACCAACAUAAAUGAAAAAAUGAAAAAUCAUGGAAAACUAGCGGAAUUACUCUUACCUAACAUGGUUGAUGUUCAUGAUAUAAGUUGGUCUCAAAAAGAGUUGGAAGAUGAAUAGAAUGAAACAGAAUACAAUAGAUCAUUGAUUAAAAUUUAUAUUUCAGAAAAUUGUACACAGAGAAAGUACAACAAAACUUCAUAUUAUCUAGAUAAUUCAAACUGAAUUUACUCUGAAACUAUCUUUUACAGUAAAGGUGAAAAUAGAGAUUAUCAUGUAAGUGUGACAGACAGAAAAUCACAAAAUCUAAUUUGCAACAUAUAAUUUUGAAUUAGCUAGUAGCAUUAUUUUAAUUUUCACAAAUGAGCAAAGUGAAGAUUCUAAUCAUGGAAAAGCAAUACGGACUCUACGCACUAGAAGUUGUGGAUAAUGUUUGAAAGUGAAGAAUCAUGAAAAAAUUUAAUUAAAUAACAAUCUUUGCAAUAUACAGAAUUUUUACGUUAUUACCAUAAAAAAUUUACAAUAUUUUGUUUAAAAAAAAAUGAAACAAAAAUAAAGCUCUUACUUUAAAUAGUAAUAUUUAUUAAUGAAUAUUAUUUGACAUUGUUAACAUAGCUAAAAAAUAAAAUUGUACAAUGCAAAACCUGCAUAUAAUUUUUAAUAUUUCAUAUAAUUAUAAUAAUAUAGCAAUUGCACUAUUGUUGCGAGGACUACCGCUUCUACCGUCAUUUCAAUUGAUUUCGAGACUUAAUACAAUAUUUGAAGUUAAAGCCUCAGUAGGGAGAUCACGCCAACCUGCCAAUAAUUUUGAAACAUCUACUUAUCUGUUAGAAUAAUACUGUGUGGAAAAUAAACGAAAAUUUCACUGGGACUUCAGCUAACUCCAAAAAGUGUAACUUGCAAUGGAGUUCUUAGACUGAAAAGAACUCUUUUUAGCUACACGGCAAAGGUUAAUAUGUCUUAGGCCAGUUCCACAAAAUAACUAAAUAAAAAUAUAU